CGGCCGCUGUGCGGCAGUCAGUUCAGGAGGCGGCGCCGGGAUCCUCUCCCAUAGCAGGAGAUAGAGCGGCGGCGGCGGCGGAGGACACGGAGCUUCUCACCGGACUCCUCACCCCGCGGGACCCCGGGACAUGGUGUGGCUGCGACUGGUCUAGACCGGGAACCGGAGGGACAGGAGCCGGGACUUCCCUUCCCAUAGCCCGGACACGCUGUACUGGAGAGCGCGGCCCCGGGGAGCGGCCUGUGAGCAGCGGACAUGUCCGGGAGAAUAGAGAAAGCAGACAGUCAGCGCUCCCACCUCUCCUCCUUCACCAUGAAACUGAAGGACAAGUUUCAUUCACCUAAAAUCAUCAAGAGGACGCCCUCCAAGAAAGGGAAGCCGGCCGACCUCACCGUCAAAACCGAGGAGAAGCCUGUCAAUAAGACUCUCAGUCGUUUGGAGGAGCAGGAGAAGGAGGUGGUCAACGCUUUGCGCUACUUUAAGACGAUCGUAGACAAGAUGGCGGUAGACAAGAUGGUGUUGGUCAUGCUCCCCGGCUCGGCCAGCAAAGUCCUGGAAGCCAUCCUGCCCUUGGUCCAGGCGGACACGCAUUCUCAGCAGAGCACCGCCAUCUCCUCCUGCUACAGCCGGGUGUACCAGUCUCUUGCUAACCUCAUCCGCUGGUCCGAUCAGGUGAUGCUGGAAGGUGUGAACUGCGAGGACAAGGAAAUGGUGGCCACCGUGAAGGACGUCAUAAAGGCCGUGCUGGACGGUGUCAAGGAGUUGGUACGACUGAUGAUUGAGAAGCAGGAACGCCCAUCUCCCACCAGCCCCGUGAAGACAUCUUUGCCAGCAGGCAAGUCAGACAGCAACCAAGACUUACCAUUAUCGGAGAGAGAACUGGAAAUUCUCAACAAAUCUCCAGAGACAUCUAAGGAAGUUCCUAUAGACUGUGUAGAAACAGAUGAGCUUGCUCCACCCAAACCCCCGUUACCUGGUAUACGAGUUAUGGAUAAUAGUCCGCCUCCUGCUUUACCUCCAAAGAAAAGACAAUCUGCGCCUUCUCCCACUCGAGUGGCUGUUGUAGCACCUAUGAGCCGAGCUACCAGUGGCUCUAGUAUACCCCUUGGCACCAGUCCCCAGGAUUUUGAAGUGAAUUGUUACGCUCACCGACGAUUAUCCGGGGGCAGCCAGUCCUAUGGGGGAGAGUCCCCGCGCCUUUCACCAUGUAGCAGUAUAGGAAAGCUUAGUAAAUCCGAUGAGCAGCUCUCCUCUCUUGAUAGGGACAGUGGGCAGUGCUCCCGAAAUACCAGCUGUGAGACACUAGAUAACUAUGACCCGGAUUACGAGUUCCUGCAGCAGGACCUGUCCAGUGCCGACCAAGUGCUGGGCCAAGGAACCGGAGUCCUCAGUCCACUUCCCGAAUCCCUCGGAGAGUCUGGUUCCCCUUUUCAUGGACAAAACUUUCACUUGCCUCCUGGAACCCCCCAGAACUCUGAAACCUCCCACCCCUCAGUCAUAGAAACCCCGCCUGCGCUACCUGAGAAGAAACGCAGAAGUGCCGUCUCCCAAACCUUUGAAGGCUCCCGUGUCUGCUACGAGCGCCACCCCUCCCAGUAUGACAACAUCUCCGAGGACGACCUGCUGCUGCCCCCUCCUUCUUCUACUCCUUUUGCUGCUGUUUCCCCUUUCCAGGCUGGAAACCCCUCACAGGUGGAGUUCCUGGCGGACUUUGGAGCAGUGGAGGGCGACGAUAUUCCAGAGAAACCACCACCUCUACCGGAGAAGAAGAACAAGCACAUGAUGACGUACAUGCGCUUCGUGGAGGAUUACUCCGAGCCGCAGCCGUCCGUUUUCUAUCAGACGCCUCAGAACGAGCACAUCUAUCAGCAGAAGAAUAAGCACCUACGUGAGGUCUACGGCUUUAACGAUUCAUUCAGCGGCCCGGACACGGGCGUCGAGCGGGCCCCGCCACCCGCCCUUCCCCCUAAACAGAGACAGCUGCAGGCCUCCUUUGCUGCUUCUUCCUUCUCCUCUGUCUCGUACUGUGCACAGCCAACCAAAGGGGUCUUCGCACCUGAGGACGGCAGCCACCCUCAGGGCAUCAGUCUGUCCGUCUCUAACUGCUUUCUGAGCCGCCACGGCUCUUUCCCUGUGCCUUCGAAUGAAAAUGCAAGUGAGGAGCCGGGAGAUGGGGAAUACGUCAACCUGUAUUCUCCUGGUCAAAGCAACGGAGUCCCCUUGUCCUGUGAUGGUGAUUCGCCUUUGCCUGGAGACGGACACCAAAGAGCCUCAUCACAGCCCUGUGUGCCGGGCAGCGAGAGCCACGAGACCACCGAAAGGCCACCAAAUUGCACAGAGGGACUCGAUCCAGAGGAGGAGGAGGAAGAAGAGGAGGAAGAAAGUGAGGAGACGGACGAGCUUUCCCUGGUCGAUCACAAUGAGAUCAUGUCAAGGCUCACUCUGAAACAAGAGGGUGACGAUGGCCCAGAUGUGAGGGGCGGCUCAGGGGACAUCCUGCUUGUACAUGCCACCGAGACAGACCGCAAAGAUCUGGUUCUGUACUGCGAGGCUUUCCUUACCACCUACCGGACGUUCAUCUCACCAGAGGAGCUGAUCCAGAAACUCCAGUAUAGAUAUGAGAGGUUCUGUCACUUCCAGGACACGUUCAAGAAGCGAGUGAGCAAAAACACCUUCUUUGUGCUGGUGAGAGUGGUGGACGAGCUGUGCUUGGUGGAACUGACAGAUGAAAUCCUGAAGCUGCUGAUGGAGCUGGUCUUCCGACUGGUUUGUAAAGGGGAGCUCAGCCUGGCCCGGGUGCUGCGGAAGAACAUCCUAGAGAAGGUGGACAACAAGAGAAUGCAAAGCCAUUGCAACUCUGCUCUGAGGCCGCUGGCUGCCCGGGGAGUGGCUGCAAGGCCGGGAACGCUGCACGAUUUCCACAGUCAUGAAGUUGCGGAGCAGCUGACGCUUCUGGACGCAGAGCUCUUCUAUAAAAUCGAGAUUCCGGAGGUUCUCCUUUGGGCAAAAGAACAAAAUGAGGAGAAGAGUCCAAACCUGACCCAGUUCACGGAGCAUUUCAACAACAUGUCGUAUUGGGUGCGAUCCAUCAUCAUGCUGCAGGAGAAGGCGCAGGACCGCGAGAGGCUGCUGCUAAAAUUCAUCAAAAUUAUGAAACACCUGAGGAAGCUGAACAACUUCAACUCGUACCUCGCCAUCCUCUCCGCGCUGGACUCUGCGCCCAUCCGGCGCCUGGAGUGGCAGAAGCAGACCUCUGAGGGCCUUGCUGAAUACUGCACUCUGAUCGACAGCUCCUCCUCCUUCCGGGCGUACCGCGCCGCGCUGUCCGAAGUAGAGCCUCCGUGUAUACCGUACCUGGGUCUGAUCUUACAGGAUCUCACCUUCGUGCACCUGGGGAACCCCGACCACAUUGAUGGGAAAGUGAACUUCUCCAAACGAUGGCAGCAGUUUAACAUCCUGGACAGCAUGAGGCGAUUCCAGCAGGUUCAUUAUGAAAUCCGGCGCAACGAUGACAUCAUCUCUUUCUUCAACGACUUCAGCGACCACCUGGCCGAGGAAGCUUUAUGGGAGCUCUCCCUGAAAAUCAAACCUCGUAACGUCACGAGGCGAAAGACAGAACGAGACGAGAAAACCUAAAGUAAGGCGAACGGGCGACGCCGCCCGGCGGACACUGAAUAAAGGGGACCUCUGAGAUACAAGCGACUGGCGGGGGAGGGGAGGGGUCAUUCAUCCUGGUUCCCAGUGGAUCAUUCUUUAUGCUUCUUUACCAUCAACCCGAGGCCAAACACAGCAGCGUGUCCUCCCAUUACACGUCCAUGGAAGGGUAGACAUAUUGGAUUUUGUGCUGUGACUCGCGGACCUCCCCGGAGAAGAAGACAUGGCUGACUGGAUGUCCGCAAAGGAACCACCCAAUGUGGAACCCAGAGAGUUAUUAUUUUUCUGUUUUGACAAGAAGGUUGGUUUAUUUUGGACGCCAUGUUUUUCCUUCACCCCCAGCGGGGGGCAGCAGCGAGCAGCUCCUGUAAAUAUCUAUUUUCUGUUUGUGGGGAGGGGGGGGAGAGUUGGCGCAAUGUGACAUGUAGUAUUAUUAUUAUUAUUAUUAUUAUUAUUCUUUUUUAUGCUGUUGCAUGACAAGUAUACAGAGACUGAUGUACAUAGCGGAAACCUCCUGAGCGCGCGGACCACCCGUCUGUGUAACGCGACAGUAUCCAGGGGUCGCCGCAUCUGUCUCACAGGAGGUCAAAUAAAUGUUUUAAACGUC